UGGUGUGAUAGUUAAAGCAUAGGGCAAGGACCUAUGGAACAUGGUGUGAUGGUUAAAGCAUAGGGCAAGGACCUAUGGUUAAAGCAGCCGGCUAAAGUUGAAGGGAGUGGACACUAAGACGGAACCGAGCUUCCUCCCUUGCAGUAUCAUGCAUAGUCAAACAACUGCAACAGAAAUGCGGACUUUUGGAUUUUUAAUAUCGAUAAAGCCUUGGACUUCGAGGUAGGAUGUUAGUCGUAAAUCUGUUUGUUUAAAAGUUGGGACACCUGAAAGCGGUGAACAGUUCAUCUGUAGGCCUAUACAACGCAAUGUCGUGUAACAUCCAACUCAAAGCACUGCGACGCACCUCUAGUCUACGGAGAUCGGAGAGGAACGAGAUAGGAACAAGCACCAGUGACAUCAAUAGCCUAGUUGCAUCAGACUGUGUAGGAACCAGGGAGGAGCCCCCGCCGUGCGAUGCCACAAUUUACCCUACCAAAGAGGCGGAGUCCGGCGCGUCUCUCCGUCCAGCGACCAAAGAUGCCGUGUACAUGCGACGGCACGCCAACCUACUCCAUUGCUUGUGCCUGAUCGUGGGGGCCACCAUCGGACCGAACGUCUUUCUGGCCCCGUCCGUCUUCAUCGCCAACUCCACUUCUGUCUGGUCGUCUACCGUGGUCAUCGUCCUCUGCGGGGCCGUCUGUACCAUCGCGGCCCUGUGCUACGCUGACCUCAUCACGGCGUUCAAGGAGUCCGGUGGGGAGCUCAUCUUUUUCUACCGGCCGCUGGGUGACCGGGCGGCCUACAUUCAGGUUUGGGUGGCGUUGAUCAUUGGGCGGACAGGCGGGGCGGCCGUGUCGGCAGUCGCCUUUGCCGCAUUGCUGAUUUUACCCUUCUACCCAAGUUGCCUAGAAAGCCCUAAAGGACUUAUUCGCAUCGUUGCAGCAACCACUCUUUUGGCACUGUUUUACGUGAACUGUAUGAGCGUGCAAUGGACUCUGAGACUACAAGUUGUUUUCACUGCCGUCAAGGUGGUUGGUCUGCUCUUCAUCAUUCUAGCCGCCUUUGUGACCAUUUGCCAAGGUAAGACAGAGAUCUUGCAGCAAUCCCUCGCCUAUCGGGUAGAGUUCGAAUUCAGCAGGUUCGCUAUGGAGAUUUUCAGCAUUGUAAACCUGUUUUCCGGCUGGGUUGUGAUCGCUUACGUAGCGGAGGAUAUCAAGAACCUUGACUGGACUGUUCCGCUUGCCCUGCUCAUCAGCAUCCCUCUAAUUACAGUCAUCUAUGUCUUAAUCAACCUAGCAUAUCUGACCGUCCUUACGCCCGAGGAGAUGCUGACGAACCCUGCAGUUUCAACGAUAUUUGCUCUUCGUGUUCUUGGCGAAAAGUGGGCGUGGAUUAUGCCUGUAACCGUGGCAAUUUCAACACUCAGUGCAUUCAAUGGGCUCGUCAUGGGGAAUGGCAGGCUUUUAAUGGUAGCAGCCCGACUGCAUUGUGCUCCAGAGAUCUGGUCCAUGCUCAGCAUCAAGAGGAAUACACCCACAGCAGCCUUCCUCACAUACAUCCCAAUCUGCCUGAUCAUGAUCCACAUCGACAGCCUAACCAUGAUCCUGAACCAGCUAGCUUCCUUUGCCUGGAUGGGUGUAGCCAUGUCCUGCAUUGUACUGUUGAUAAUGAAGAAGAAGGUGCCUGACAUUGAAAGGCCCUACGAGGUUCCAAAAGGUUUUCCCAUCAGCUUUCUAAUCAUCAGUCUAAUUCUCAUCGGCUACUCAAUGUACCUGAAACCCGUCGCUGUGGCCAUCACAACGGUUGUGGCCCUGUCCUUCAUACCGCUCAAGAAGUUCGUCUAUGACAAGGUGAUCGAGAAAUGGCCGCAACUGCUACGCCAUGGAGAGAGGAUUUCGUUAUUUCUGCAGAAACUUCUCCUAGUUGUACACCAGGAACAUCAAACCUACUGACAUCCAUUACUGGCAAGAAGUUGCACAGUUCACGGAUACUGCACAGUACACGAAAUGAUUCCAUUCAUUCUCAAACUGCAGUCAAUCACAUAGGGAAACGCGUGUCAAAACUACUACCGUUGAAAAAAGCCCGGGGAGUUGUUACUUUUUAUAACACAUGAUUAUGAAGUGCAUCUACCAGGGUGGAUGAUCAAGGCGCCACAGCGCUGUUACCCCUUGCUGAUGGGGGCAUAGGCAGUGCUCUAGGAAAGAAGCAACUUGACACAAAAUGCCUUGCUUAGGUACACAAGCACUAUAACCUCCCAGGCUGAACUGGAGCCCAGUGUUUGCCAAAAUGAUCCACAACUCU